GGGCAGCAAGGACGGCACCCAGGGAGCUGCCCCAUGGACAGGGCCCCACAGAGACACCACCGAGCCUCGCGGGGUAAGAGGCCCCAUGACCUUGCAGAGUUGCUGGCUUCAAAGAAGACCCAUACUUCACAAAUUGAAGUAAUCCCUUGCAAAAUCUGUGGGGACAAGUCGUCUGGGAUCCACUACGGGGUUAUCACCUGUGAGGGGUGCAAGGGCUUCUUCCGCCGGAGCCAGCAGUGCAAUGUGGCCUAUUCCUGUACCAGGCAGCAGAACUGCCCCAUCGACCGCACCAGCCGCAACCGAUGCCAGCACUGCCGCCUGCAGAAGUGCCUGGCACUGGGCAUGUCCCGAGAUGCCGUCAAGUUCGGCCGCAUGUCCAAGAAACAGAGGGACAGCCUACAUGCAGAAGUGCAGAAGCAAUUGCAGCAGCAGCAGCAGCAGCAGCAGCAACAGCAGCUACAACCGGAACAAAUGGCCAAGACCCCUCCAACAGGGGGUCGUGGAGCAGAUGCCCUCACUUACACCUCAGGGAUCCGAGAUGGGCAGCUGCCCCUUGGUGCUUCACCUGACCUGCCCGAGGCCUCUGCCUGUCCCCCUGGCCUCCUGAGAGCCUCUGGCUCUGGGCCAUCAUGUUCCAACAACUUGGCCAAGGCAGAGCUCAAUGGGGCCUCCUACCACCUUGAUUACAGCCCAGAGCAGGGCAAGGCUGAGGGCAGAGAGAGCAUCUAUAGCACAGGCAGCCAGCUUACCCCUGGCAGAUGUGGACUUCAUUUUGAGGGACCCAGGCAUCCUAGUCUUGGGGAACCAAGACAGGGUCCAGACGGUUACUACAACCCCAGUUUCCGCAGCAUCCCAGAGGCACCAUAUGCCUCCCUGACAGAGAUAGAGCACUUGGCACAGAACGUCUGUAAGUCCUACCUAGAGACCUGCCAGCUAAGGCUGGAAGACCUCCUGCGGCAGCGUACCAACCUCUUCUCCAGGGAGGAGGUGACCAGUUACCAGAGGAAGUCAAUGUGGGAGAUGUGGGAGCGCUGUGCCCACCGCCUCACUGAGGCCAUUCAGUAUGUGGUGGAGUUCGCCAAGAGGCUCUCAGGCUUUAUGGAGCUCUGCCAGAAUGACCAGAUCGUCCUGUUGAAAGCAGGAGCAAUGGAAGUCGUGUUGGUCAGGAUGUGCAGAGCCUACAAUGCUGACAACCACACAGUCUUUUUUGAAGGCAAAUACGGUGGCGUGGAGCUGUUCCGAGCCUUGGGCUGCAGCGAGCUCAUCAGCUCCAUCUUUGACUUCUCCCACUCCCUCAGUGCCUUGCACUUUUCUGAGGAUGAGAUUGCCCUCUACACAGCCCUUGUUCUCAUCAAUGCCAAUCGGCCAGGGCUCCAAGAGAAAAGGAAAGUAGAACAGCUGCAGUACAAUCUGGAGCUGGCCUUUCAUCACCAUCUCUGCAAGACUCAUCGCCAAGGCAUCCUGGCAAAGCUGCCACCCAAAGGGAAACUCCGAAGCCUAUGCAGCCAGCAUGUGGAAAAGUUGCAAAUCUUCCAGCACCUCCACCCCAUCGUGGUCCAAGCUGCUUUCCCCCCACUCUACAAGGAACUCUUCAGCACUGAAACUGAGUCCCCUGAAGGGCUGUCCAAGUGACCUAAAUGAGGGAUGCCUUUCCUCUCCCUUCAGCAUGCUGGUCCACCUCACUUGACCUGGGUCCACCCUCAGCCUUUCCCCUCCCCAUAUCUCUGGAGGGCAGUCCCUGCCCAUUCUCUGGGAAUGAGCAAAUACUGAGACUGGUUUCCUGUCCCCAGAUUUACCUGGCAGUGGGUCAUAGCCAGAGGAUGGGGGAACACCAUCUCCAACCUUGGCCUUGUUCUGUCUCAUUUCCCACACCCUCUGCCAGUCUUCUGGGAGUGUGGGGUGAAAGGGAUAUAAGGAGCUCUAAGAGACCAAGGUGUCUUCAAGAAAACAGGGAAUCCAGGGUACCCUGGAUGAAAAGAACUCAACUCUGGGCUCAGAAGCUAAAAAUAGGCCUUUGAAAUACCUCAUUGCAUUUCCCCAUGAGCUUUGACUGGGGGAGAUGGAUCAAGCUCAGAGACUGAUGAUGAGAGUCCAGAAGGACCUGUAUAUAACAUGAAUCUGGAUCCUUAGACUUUCUGCCUUCUUCCUUCCUCUCAGUUCAGAAAGAAGUUGUUGGGCACCCUGCCCUUUUCCUAGGAUCUAAAAAACCUGAAUAUAUGGAUGAUAAGAAUGGGAUGGGAGUGAAGGGAGGGGGGAUAAUUGUUACAUGGGAUUUGGGUGUGAGGAGAGGGUUCACAAUGGAGGCCAAUAAGUCAAGAGAUGCAGAGGUAGAACUUGAAACCUCUUAUGCGCACUUUAAAGAGUUUAUCCUAGGGCUGGGGAUAUAACUCAAGUGGUACAGUGCUUGCUUUGCAUGUCUAAGGCCCUGGGUUCAACCCCCAGCACCACACAAGAAAAAGGAGAGACUUUAUCCUAAAGUUUUUUAGGAGUCUAAGCAGAGACACACAUUCACACACAAGUGAAACACAUGCAAACUCAACCUGCAGUUAUGUAGUUCUAUAGGCACAUUUGGUCUGACACAAUCUCGGUCAUCCUGAGGUCACAGCUCAGAGAAACCUAGUGACCUCAGGAAAGAGUCUCAAUCUGUCGGGAGCCCAGAACAUUUCCAUGAUGAUCUAGUCCACCAAUCUUACACCUGGAGUGGUCCAAACUCCAACCCAGGUCCAGCUGUAUUGUAUCACAAGAACUGCCAAGAGGCUGAGUGUGGCAGAGCAUGCCUGUAAACCCCAGCUACUCAGGAGGCUGAGGCAUAAGGAUCACAAGUUCAAGGUCAGUCUCAGCAACUUAGUGAGACCCUUUCUCAAAAACUAUGAAAAGGGCUGGGGAUGAAGCUCAGUGAUAAAGCACCCCUGGGUUCAAUCACCAGUUACAAAAAAUAAAAAUUAAAAUUAAAAAAUUAAUUAAUUAAAAUAAACCUUCAAGAGAAGCAAAGAGAGCGGGGACUCUGGCCAUCAGAAGGCCAAAGACACUGGGAAAAGAAAGACUUCCUUGGCCAGGGACUGCUCUCCCUAUGGAAAAAAGAAGGUGAGGCCAUCCCACGGCUCUGUGACUGGCUGCCACUGAAUCUACCAUGAGGAGGGGACUGGAAGCAGGGCAGGGACCUGGUUCCCUGUUGUGACCUUGCCCAGAAUUUCCUUUGCUUCAGGAAUAACUGUGGACCCUCCUAGGAGAACUAAACAACAGAUGAUGGGAGAGGAUAUUUUUUCCUCUCAGGGGAGGGAUUUAGCUGGGUAAACAUAAACUCCAACUUGUACAGUUCUCUAUAAAAUGAUUUUAAUGGCAGAAGUGUG